AUGUCAGCUCAAAUCAAAUUAAUUUAUUUGUUGAUGGUUUUGUUGGUCAUGUUGGGAGGAGUUUUUGAAUAUGGCCAUACAACAAUCAUCACCACUUCGCAAAAUAAUAUUGGAGGCUUGAUUACAUUAAAAAUUAAUAAUCCGAAUCAAUAUAAUGCUUUAAUUGAUGAUCAAUCAAUGAUCACACUUAAAAUUUCAAUUUAUGAAUUACAAAUUGUAGAAAGUGAUAAUAAUUCGUAUCCAUAUAUUCCUGAUUUGGUAGAAUUGACAACUUUGACUCCAAAAUUUACAAAUUUCACAAAAUUACAAAUGUUGUCCGAUAAUUAUCCAAAAAGUACACAAAUUGGAUACAAAUUCAAUGUUGAAUUGAAUCAAAAUUAUAUAAUUCUUGGACAGAUUGUUUCUGGAAUGAAAACUACAAGCUUCAAUGGAUGGUAUAGAGAUGGACCAGCCGAAUAUUUCAAAGUUAUUAAAUUAACAAGUGAAAGAAAUAGUUUAAAUGAUUUGGAUUUUAUUGUGGAAGGAGUGACUCCAUAUCCAAAGGAAGGUUAUCAUCAAUACGGAUAUUUCAGAUUUAUUAAAGGACUUCCUGUGUUAUCUUUGUUUGGAAAUGAAGCUCAGAGAGGUUAUGCUCAUGGAUAUCUUAUGGCUCAACAUGUAAUUGACUUUUUCAGAUUUUAUAUUUUGGAAGGAACAAUUCAAUCAGCUUCUAGUUAUCUUAAUGUACACGUUCCUGCUUUGAAUAGUGCUGCAUUCACCUAUGAUAAGGAAUUUAUGUCUGGUAUUCAAGGAGUUUAUUCUGGAAUGUUGGAUUCCAAAGUUGAUUUGACUAUUCCUGAGCUAGGAAGAAAAUUUCUGCCAAUUGAUAUCAUUGCAAUUAAUGGAUAUAUUGAAUUGGAAUAUAUUGGUAGACAUGGUGUUCCAAAAAUAGUAGGAGAACUUUCAACUCUUAAGGGAGGAAUCAAAAUGAACAGAAAGAAAUCAUCUGAUAGUAAUGCUGCUUGUACUCAAUUUUCUGUUUGGGGUAAAUUUACAUCUGCCAACUGUCCAAAGGAACAACAAUCGAAUAUUAUUUCUGUUAGAAAUAUGGAUGGAGAAAUCGAUAUGAAGAAAGUUACUGUUCAUUCAGUAUUGAUUACUACAGUAGAAUCUGAUAAUCCUCAAGAUAAGAGAUAUGUAUCAGUAAUGUGGCCUGGUUUCAUUGGAACAUUGAGUGCCAUCAAUGAAGAUGGAGUCUAUUCAAUGAUGAAUUACGGAGUUAAUCAACCUGGAACAAUAUGGUCACAAGGAACAAUAGUAGCAUGGAUUGUUAAGGAUAUUAUUCAAAAAACAUCAGCUGCCAUGGCAACACCACCCUUCAUUCAACAGCAAAUUGAAUCUAGAAAGGGAACAAUGGGUGGAUCAUGUAUGACUGGAUGUAUCUUGGUAUUUUCUAGACGUGUUAAUAACGUUUCGAAUAAGUAUCCACCAUCUUUUGUCUAUGAAGGAGAUUGGAAGAGUGGAAUGAUGAGGGUACCUGGUCAAGCUUACCCUUAUUUUGUAAACAAUUCAAUUGGAGCAUCAAAUCACAAUCAUCUUUAUGGUGUUGAAAGUGGAGAUCGUGAUUCAAUGAAGAACUUUGGUCAAGGUAAUGGAUUUUCAUCAAUGUGGAGAUAUCAAGCAGCUUCAAAUUUGAUUGAUGAGUGGGCUCGUUCUAUUGAAUUACCAAUUACUGAGCAAACCAAAUCGUCCCAUCUUGCUGAAAUUGAUUGCAAUUCUCAAAUGAGACAAGUAUUGCAAAGGGCUUGCCGUGGUUACACUGAACAUAGUAUAAUGUUUAGACCUAUGAAUGAUGGAAAGAUUAAUAUUGAUAUUUCUGUAGCUCAACCAACAUUCAAUGGUUGGGAUGCUCCAUUCUUGGAUUAUACUUCAUUAGAAUUUAAUGAAUUUUUUAAAAAGUAAUUUAUAUUAAUGAUUUCAGAAAAUGAAAAUAAUUUAUUG